AUGGGCAACGCGGCCGGCAGCGCGGAGCAGCCCGCGAGCCCCGCUGCGCUGGCCCCCAAGCAGCCCGCGGCGCCCAAGCAGCCCAUGCCCGCGGCCGGAGAGCUGGAGGAGAGGUUUAACCGGGUCCUGAACUGCAUGAACUUGCCCCCGGACAAGGUCCAGCUGCUGAGCCAGUAUGACAACGAGAAGAAGUGGGAGCUCAUAUGUGACCAGGAACGGUUUCAAGUCAAGAACCCCCCAGCAGCCUAUAUCCAGAAGCUGAAGAGCUACCUAGAAACCGGUGGGGCCAGCCGAAAAGUAGCAGCAGACUGGAUGCCCAACCUCGGGUUUAAGAGGCGAGUUCAGGAGUCCACGCAGGUGCUCCGGGAAUUGGAGAUCUCUCUGAGGACCAACCACAUUGGAUGGGUGCAGGAGUUCCUGAACGAGGAGAACCGUGGCCUGGACGUGCUGCUUGAGUACCUGGCCUUCGCACAGUGCUCCGUGGCGUACAAUAUGGAUGCCACAGACAACGGGGCCCCGGGCUCCGAGAAGAGCAAGCCGCUGGAGCAGUCAGUGGAAGAUCUGAGCAAGGGCCCGCCCUCAUCCUUGCCGCCCCCAACCAAGAGUCGCCACCUGACCAUCAAGUUGACCCCGGCCCACAGCAAGAAGGCCCUGAGGAAUUCCCGCAUCGUCAGCCAGAAGGACGACGUCCACGUCUGCAUCAUGUGUCUGCGUGCCAUCAUGAACUACCAGUCCGGCUUCAGCCUCGUCAUGAACCACCCAGCCUGUGUCAAUGAGAUUGCUCUGAGUCUCAACAACAAGAACCCCAGAACCAAGGCCCUGGUGUUGGAGCUGCUGGCGGCUGUUUGUCUGGUGCGGGGAGGACACGAUAUCAUCCUUUCUGCCUUUGACAACUUCAAGGAGGUAUGUGGAGAGCAGCACCGCUUUGAAAAGCUAAUGGAAUAUUUCCGGAACGAGGACAGCAACAUCGACUUCAUGGUGGCCUGCAUGCAAUUCAUCAACAUUGUGGUACAUUCAGUGGAGAACAUGAACUUCCGUGUCUUCCUGCAAUAUGAGUUCACUCACCUGGGCCUGGACCUGUACUUGGAGAGGCUCCGGCUCACGGAGAGCGACAAGCUGCAGGUGCAGAUUCAGGCCUACCUGGACAACAUCUUUGACGUGGGCGCGCUGCUGGAGGACACUGAGACCAAGAAUGCUGUGCUGGAGCACAUGGAGGAGCUGCAGGAGCAGGUGGCCUUGCUCACAGAGCGGCUUCGGGACGCGGAGAACGAGUCCAUGGCCAAGAUCGCGGAGCUGGAGAAGCAGCUAAGCCAGGCCCGAAAGGAGUCGGAGACCCUGCGGGAGCGCUUCAGCGAGUCGACCCCUAUGGGCACCUCCAGACGUUCCUCUGAGCCCGAGAAAGUGCCUGCCCUUGCCCCGGCGCGGCCGUCGGCCCUAGAGCUGAAGGUGGAGGAGAUGGAGGAGAAGGGGUUAAUCCGUAUCCUGAGGGGGCCCGGGGACGAGGUCUCCAUCGAGAUUCUCCCGGUCGCUGUGGCGAUUCCGAGCGGCAGUGAAGCCCCGACUCCCGGGGCUCCCACCGGCUCCCCCAGCUCAGCCUCGGAGCUCCCACCUGUAGCAGAGCCGGCUCCUGGAGCGGUACCGCCACCGCCCCCUCCAUUCCUCCGCCGCCCCCGCCGCCUCCGGGAGAGGGGCAAGGGAAGGGAGGAUGGGGGCCGGGGGGGCGCCUCUGGCUUCACUGCCCUCCAGAACCUUAUGUCGGUGGGCCUCCUGUGGCCUCCAGCUUGCCUUGUCUGCCCUCGUUGGGCCCGGGUGGGGCUCCUUCCAGCCAUCCCACCACCUACUGCCCCAGUGCCCACUCCCUCUGUCUCAGGAGUGAAGGCCAAGAAACCCAUCCAGACCAAGUUCAGAAUGCCACUCUUAAACUGGGUAGCCCUGAAACCCAACCAGAUCACAGGCACUGUCUUCACUGAACUCAAUGAUGAGAAGGUGCUACAGGAGCUGGACAUGAGUGACUUCGAGGAGCAGUUCAAGACUAAGUCCCAAGGUCCCAGCAUAGACCUUAGUGCUCUCAAGAGUAAAGCAGCCCAGAAGGCCCCCAGCAAAGCCACGCUCAUCGAGGCCAACCGGGCCAAGAACCUGGCCAUCACCCUGCGCAAGGGCAACCUGGGGGCAGAUCGCAUCUGCCAGGCAAUCGAGACGUAUGACCUGCAGACCCUUGGCCUGGACUUCCUGGAGCUGCUGACCCGCUUCCUGCCCACAGAGUAUGAGCGCAGCCUCAUCACCCGUUUCGAGCGGGAGCAGCGACCAAUAGAGGAGCUGUCAGAGGAGGACCGCUUCAUGCUGCGCUUCAGCCGCAUCCCCCGCCUGCCCGAACGCAUGAACACGCUCACCUUCCUGGGCAACUUCCCAGAUACUGCCCAGAUGCUCAUGCCGCAACUGAAUGCCAUCAUUGCAGCCUCAAUGUCUAUCAAGUCCUCGGACAAACUCCGCCAGAUCCUGGAGAUUGUCCUGGCUUUUGGCAACUACAUGAACAGUAGCAAGCGUGGAGCAGCCUAUGGCUUCCGGCUCCAGAGUCUGGAUGCGCUGUUGGAGAUGAAGUCGACGGACCGCAAGCAGACGCUGCUGCAUUACCUGGUGAAGGUCAUUGCUGAAAAGUACCCACAGCUCACAGGUUUCCACAGUGACCUCCACUUUCUGGACAAGGCCGGCUCAGUGUCCCUGGACAGCGUGCUGGGGGAUGUCCGCUCCCUGCAGCGAGGCCUGGAGUUGACCCAGCGGGAGUUUGUGAGGCAGGAUGACUGUGUGGUGCUCAAGGAGUUCCUGAGGAUCAACUCACCAGUCAUGGAUAAACUGCUGGCAGACAGCAAGACAGCUCAGGAAGCCUACGAGUCUGUGGUGGAGUACUUCGGAGAGAACCCCAAGACCACAUCCCCCUCCAUGUUCUUCUCCCUCUUUAGUCGCUUCAUCAAAGCCUAUAAGAAAGCCGAGCAGGAGGUGGAACAGUGGAAGAAAGAAGCAGCUGCCCAGGAGGCAGGCACCGACAUCGCGGGGAAAGGGGAGCCCCAAGCACCCAAGUCCCCUCCCAAGGUCCGGCGGCAACAGAUGGACCUCAUCUCUGAGCUGAAGCGGAAGCAGCAGAAAGAGCCACUCAUCUAUGAGAGUGAUCGUGAUGGGGCCAUUGAAGAUAUCAUCACAGUGCUCAAGACGGUGCCCUUCACUGCUCGCACCGGCAAGAGGACGUCCAGGCUCCUCUAUGAGGCCAGCCUGGGAGAGGAAAUCCCCCUCUAGCCCCCAGAUCUACGGAACCAGCCUUACAUCCGCGCAGAUACAGGCCGGCGUAGCGCUCGUCGGCGCCCGCCCGGACCCCCGCUGCAGGUCACCUCCGACCUCUCGCUGUAGUCAUGAUUUCUGCAGAUGGACUGCGAGGCCUGGGAGCGGGUAGGGGUGGCGGGGAGGGGCAAUCCGGGACUCAAGGAAGGUGGGACUCAGCUCGGCUGGGCCGGGCAGCCUCCUCCACCAAGAUCCCCACCCCUGGGCGCCCCUCGAAUGGUCAGGGUCACCCCUCAUCUUGCCACAGGGGGAGGCAUCUCUGGCCCCUCCCCCCAAAUGCUGCUUGCAGCAUCCCUCUUCCCCCAACAGCCAUACUUAGCCUCAGUGGGAGCCCGGCCUGUAACUUAUGUAAAGGGUAACCUCGCGCCCCUCCACUCCCCAUACCCCGACCCAGCUCCGAGGACUCCCCAUGGACCUUAUUUUUAUACAAGAUUAAUAAAGACGUUUGCAAAA